AAUAUUCCUUCCCCAUUGAAAAAUAUUCAUGCUCGCAACUAUGCACAAGUUCUCGCGGGAGACAUUUCAAAUAAAAAAAUAAAGAUAUCUAACUUUGAACAAGAUAAAUAUAUCAAUUACCAAAGGAUUCAAGAAAAUUUGGCCAUUGUUAAGAAUCGACUUAAUAAGCCGUUAACACUUGCCGAAAAAAUUGUAUAUAGUCAUUUGGAUGAUCCUCACGGACAAGAUAUUGAACGCGGAAAAUCGUAUCUCAAAUUACGUCCCGAUCGCGUCGCGUUGCAAGAUGCAACAGCACAAAUGGCCCUUCUGCAAUUCAUGUCUGCUGGUAUGCCAGAGGUCGCAGUACCUACGACUGUACAUUGUGAUCACUUGAUUGAAGCUCAAGUAGGCGGAGAGAAAGAUUUGGCUCGUGCGAAGGAUAUUAAUAAAGAAGUAUACGAUUUUUUGGCGACUACUACUGCUAAAUAUAAUAUUGGCUUUUGGCGUCCCGGUUCUGGUAUUAUUCAUCAAAUUGUAUUAGAGAACUAUGCCUUCCCAGGUGGCCUUAUGAUUGGUACAGAUUCUCACACACCUAAUGCUGGUGGUUUGGGUAUGGUUGCCAUUGGGGUUGGCGGUGCUGAUGCUGUCGAUGUCAUGGCCGAUAUUCCAUGGGAAUUAAAAUGUCCGAAGGUAAUUGGCGUUAAAUUAACCGGUACAAUAAGUGGUUGGACAGCCCCUAAAGCCGGUAUUUUGACAGUCAAAGGCGGUACUGGUGCCAUCGUUGAAUAUUUUGGUCCUGGUGUUGAAUCUUUAUCAUGCACCGGCAUGGCCACAAUCUGCAACAUGGGUGCCGAAAUUGGUGCCACCACAUCACUUUUCCCUUUUAAUAGACGUAUGAGUGAAUAUCUCCAUGCCACAAAUCGUUCAGAAAUUGCAUCUUUCUCUGAAUCCUUUGCUCAUAAUUUGCGUGCUGAUGAGGGCGCACACUAUGAUAAAGUAAUAGAGCUUAAUUUAUCGGAAUUAGAACCUCAUAUUAACGGUCCAUUCACGCCUGAUCUUGCAACUCCCUUAAGUAAAUUUAAAGAAGAGGUGGUUCGAAAUGAAUGGCCAACAGAGUUGAAGGUUGGAUUAAUCGGUUCAUGUACAAAUUCAUCAUACGAAGAUAUGUCUCGAGCAUCUUCAAUAGCCAAGCAGGCCAUCGACCAUGGAUUAAAAGCAAAGUCGUUGUUCACGGUUACGCCUGGGUCCGAACAGAUUCGGGCUACCAUUGCACGUGAUGGUCAAGAAAAGAUAUUAAAAGAUGCUGGUGGCGUUGUUCUCGCCAACGCUUGUGGUCCUUGCAUUGGACAAUGGGAUCGUCAAGAUGUUAAAAAAGGCGAAAAGAAUUCGAUCAUUACGUCAUACAACAGAAACUUUACGGGACGUAAUGAUGCUAAUCCUGCCACUCAUGCAUUUGUAGCAUCUCCUGAUAUCGUAACUGCAUUUGUUUUCUCAGGUGAUCUUCGAUUCAAUCCCAUAACUGAUACACUCAAGGAUGGCAAUGGAAAUCCUUUCAAAUUUACAGAUCCAAAAGGUAGUGAAUUACCAAUUCGAGGUUAUGAUCCCGGUGAAAAUACUUACCAAGCACCCCCAAAGGAUCGUUUAACUGUUCAAGUUGUGGUAGAUCCAAAAAGCAAACGUCUUCAAUUAUUACAACCAUUCUCUAAAUGGAAUGGUAAGGACGCCGAGGGAUUACCCAUUUUAAUCAAAGUCAAAGGAAAAUGUACUACUGAUCAUAUUUCCAUGGCCGGUCCUUGGUUGAAAUUCCGAGGACAUUUAGACAACAUUUCAAAUAACAUGUUGAUUGGCGCUGUUAACUCUGAGAACGGUGCUGUUAAUAACGUCAAAAAUGUUCUCACUGGACAAUAUGAUGCCGUUCCUAACGUUGCUCGCGACUAUAAAGCCAAAGGUAUUUCCUGGGUUGUGAUCGGAGAUGAAAAUUACGGCGAAGGGUCAUCACGCGAACAUGCUGCUCUCGAAGUACGACACUUGGGAGGCACAGCUGUAAUUGUAAAAUCCUUUGCUCGUAUUCAUGAAACCAAUCUUAAGAAACAAGGGCUUUUACCAUUGACAUUCACCAAUCCAUCUGAUUACGAUAAGAUCGAUCCAACUGACAAAGUGUCUAUUCUUGGUCUUACUAGCUUCGCACCUGGUAAAAAUUUAACACUUCGACUUAAUAAGAAAUCUGGGGAAACGGUAGACAUUCCCGUUAGUCAUACAUUUAAUGAUAAUCAAAUUGAAUGGUUUAAGGCCGGAUCAGCCUUGAAUCGCAUGGCUGAAAAACAUGCACAUUAA